UUGAUGAUCUCUAUGAGCGGAGUUUAUCUAAACAGUUUUAUUGCAUUUAAUGACGUGGUCUAGUUACGAGAAAUAGGACCCGCUGGUAAAAUAUUCUCAAUUCGGGCACCCAUGCCCGAGCUAGAAUACAAGUGCAUGUGAGAGAGAAAUCUAUGCGUUAACCUCUCAAUGUAUCUAUAGCUAGCCACCAAGAUACAGCAUAGACAAUGAAUGGAUCAUUGGACUCUGCUUCAGAAUUGCUUCUUAGCAAAGAGGACCGACAACUUUCUUUGGAAGAUGAUGUCGACCGCCAAUCGAAGGUGUCUCAGUCGCCGCGCAAGUUUUUCUGGAUAUUCUUCGUCGCACAAGCUCUUCUUAUAGCCCUCUACACAAUAGGAAGCAUCACAAUAAUCAGAGGCCUCUCGUCACCAACUCCGCGACCAUCGCCUCCAAUACCUGACUUAACUCUUUCCUACGCGACAAAAAAAUUCGUCUCGCUGCAGGACAGUCCUUUCGCAGGACCUCCUGGCGCUGAAGUCGACCAUUCAUGGUCAAAUUUAGUUCAAGGCGUCAACUUGCGAGUCUCAGCAGAUGAAUUAGCAGUCAGCUCUCAGUCUUCAGUCCCAUUGCCAGAAGGAGGGGGACAUUUAGCCUGGCUUUCGGUAUACCAUGAAAUUCACUGCGUGAAAAUGCUACGGCAAUGGCAUUUUAGACAUCAUUAUUUCGCCAACAUCACGGAGAAAGAUGAAUUGCACUGGACAUCACAUGCGGAACAUUGUUUGGACUUGCUGUUGCAGACGGCGAUUUGUCACGCGGAUACAUCGCUGGUGACAUUUCGGGAUAAUCCGCAUACGUGCGUUGAUUGGGACCAGUUUACGGGUUCAUUGCGUGAGCGGGUGGUGCCAGAGGAGGAGAUGCAUCGAUUAAGGAAUCCUUUGUUGUUGUUCCCAGAUGUGUAA